AUGAAUCACUACGGUGCUCCCAUCCAGAGAAUAGCUGAUCCAGAGAGACCGGAGUCCUGCUCUAAUCCGCCCGGCAGAGAGAGCUGUGCAGUGGGGGAGGGCGGCGACAGCGACCGCGGCUCGGGAUGUCUCGUUUGGCGGGGUGCAAGUUGCAGGUUUUGGGGAAGGCUGCUCUCCUGUUCGUGGGGAUCUGCUUCGCGGUGCAGAUUCUGGGGGUCAUCUUUAACAAGAAGAGCCCGUCCCUGGAGAGAGCUGGCCCCCCCCCUCCCCGUCUCCAGGGACGCUCCCAGCUCCUGCGCCCCUCGAACCCGGGUCAUGUUCCUGAAGACCCACAAGACAGCCAGCAGCACCCUGCUCAACGUGCUGUACCGAUUCGGGGAUACCCGGAAUCUGAGCUUCGCCCUGCCGGUGGGGUACCAGCUGGGGUACCCCGAACAAUUCCACGCCCGCUACGUCAAGGGGUACAGAAACUGCAGCAGCCAGGUUUUCAACAUCAUGUGCAACCACCUGAGAUUCUACCAGCCCGAGGUCCAGAAGGUCAUGCCCGUGGACACUUUCUACUUCUCCAUCCUGCGUGACCCCGCCUCUCUGGCGGAGUCUGCGUUCUCCUACUACAAGAGCUCAUGCCCGGCUUUCCAGGGGUCCCAGGCGAUCGACGACUUCAUCGCGGACCCCCAGAGGUACUACCAGCCCCGCCUCUACAACAACCACUACGCCCGCAACCUCCUGUGGUUCGACUUCGGGCUGGAAGGCCACGGGGGCGAGUUCAGCGUCCCCGUGGCCCGGAGGGGCGUGGCCAGCGUGGAACGUUCCUUCCACCUGGUCCUGCUGGCCGAGCACUUUGACGAGUCGCUGGUCCUGCUCCGCCACGCCCUCUGCUGGGCGCUGGACGACGUCGUCUCCUUCCCGCUGAACUCCCGCGACGGGGAAGCCAAAGCCCGGCUCAGCCCGUCCCAGCGGCGCCGGCUCAGGGAGUGGAACGCCCUCGACUGGUUCCUCUACUCCAGCUUCAAUCGGACCUUCUGGGACCGCGUGGAGGCCUUCGGACGCGAUCGGAUGGCCAGGGAGUUGGAGGAGCUGAGGGAGAGGCGGAGGGAGCUGCAGGGGCUCUGCCUGUCCCAGGGAGGCAUCCCCGUGGAAGGGACAAAAAUCACAGACCGGGAACUGCAGCCUUUCCAGUAUGGCCAAGCGAAGAUCAUGGGCUACAUGCUACACCCAGGACUGGACAACUCCACCAGAGAGACCUGCCUGAGAAUGAUCAUCCCCGAGCUGCAGUACAAAGACCUGCUGGACGCCAAGCAGUUCCCCAAAAGGGACGUGGAGGGUCGGGGGGCUGGGGAGGAGCAGCGGGGGGCUGGGGAGGAGCAGCGGGGGGGGGGUCCCAUCCCGGGACGGGGAGGGAGGUCGGUGGGAGAGGCACUCGGGAGACGAUGGGUAAAGGCGAGGCCGAUGCGGAGAGAAACGCAACCCUGA